AUGCCUGAGACAAAACCAAAGACGGGACGACCAUCGUUGUUAGGGGUGUUCAAGGAGAUUUUCAACUGGUAUCCAUCAGAAUAUCCCUCCGAGGAGCGAAAAUUGCUUUUUAAACUCGAUUUAUCUAUUCUGAUCUUCGCUUGUCUAUGCUCUAAUUCGGCCGUAGACCAAACCAACAUCAGCAAUGCCUACGUCAGUGGUCUCAAGGAAGAUUUCGGCCUCUACGGCAAUGAGUUGAAUUACUUCAAUGUUUGCUAUUUCACGGCAUAUGUCGUAUUUCAGGUUCCUGGGCUCUUGUUGAUGUCGCGCCCAAAACUAGCACGCUGGCUACUUCCUGGACUAGAGGUACUAUGGGGAAUUUGUACAUUUGCCCAAAGCCGCGUAACAAAUGUCAACCAGAUCUAUGCCCUGCGGUUUCUAGUGGGAAUGUUAGAGGCACCCGUUUUUGCUGGGACCCAUUUCAUUAUAGGAUCAUGGUAUUCUGGACCAGAACUAUUCAAGCGAGCCGGCGCCUGGUUUAUCUGUAACCCGCUAGGGUCCAUGGUGAGCGGAUAUCUGCAAUCAGCAGCGUACACGAACCUUUCCGGAGUCGCAGGCAUGCCGGGUUGGAGGUGGCUAUUCAUUAUUGACGGCAUUUUUACAAUCCCGGUCGCUCUUAUUGGUUUCUUCAUUUUCCCUGGUAUUCCAGACUCGCCGCGGCCGUUCUACCUCACCGAGAGUGAUAUUGUAUUGGCGAAAGAAAGAACCGCCAGGGCCAAGAUUCGACGACCCGGGAAGCUUGGAUUGGACGUGUUCAAGAGGUCAUUGAAGAAAUGGCGUAUUUGGGUGUUUAUCCUUUGCUAUGCGUGCAUGAUCAUUUCGUCAUACCCGUCAUUAUAUAUGAAUCUGUGGCUCAAAGCAGAGGGCUAUUCGGUGACACAGAUUAAUCAAUUGCCAACCGUGAUAUACGCAAUUACUAUUGUCGCUUCCUGGCUCGGGUCGACUCUUGCAUCGAUAUACCCUGCAUGGAUUAUCUACACUCUGGCAUCGGCUUGUGUGCUUUUCUCGACGCUUUGCAUGAUAAUUUGGAAUAUUCCCACUGCAUUAAAAUUCUUUGCUUGGUAUCUUUUUGGAAUUUCAGGAUGUCUCAGUCCAAUUCUAUACUCAACCGUGAAUACGAUCGUCAAGGAUGACUCCGAGGAACGCGCCUUGAUCAUGGGCUCUAUGAUGACCUUUGGGUAUUCAUUCAAUAUCUGGGUCCCACUUCUACUAUUUCCAACUGCUGGGCCUGACGGGGCUCCGAGAUGGAGAAAGGGUUGGCCGGUGACUUUUGUAUUCUAUUUCCUUCUUUGGGCGGGCUUUAUAUCCGCCAUCCUGAUCCACCGACGAGACCAACGAAAGAGCAAAUCUGUUCAUUCUUCCGAGCAAAGUGAUGAAGAGGGGGAGACUAUUGUUGUUGGCGACGGAGUGGAGUCGAAGGUCGGAGAGUCAACGCCAAAAGCACAGUCUGGAGAGAGGGGUCUACACGCUGCAGAACCAUCUACUAAGUAG